UAUGAUCAAAGGAAAGAGGACAACACAUUUGUGAUUCAUACUGAUGCAUUGGCAAAAAACAUCAACGGAAAUUUGGGGUUAACAUAUCGUUGGAAACUCAGAAUUUUUCGAUUAAAAACAACUUUUACUGAACGAUCAUGUCUUGGGGACUAAAGCUGUUCAUGUUGAUCGUAUUUGCCACUAUUGCAUAUGGGAAACAUGGGAGCAAAGAACAUGGGAGCAAAGAACACGGUGAUAGGUCCAAACAAGAGUCUACAUACAGUAUUGAUGCCAUCGCGGAUUAUAUUAAGAAGCAUGAAGAACUGAAAACGACACCAUACUGGGACACGAAGGGCAUCACAUACGUAGGAGUGGGAUUUAACAUGAGCCGAGAUGGUGCAAAGAGGGAUUGGAAAAAGGUUCUCCCAAAAGUUGAUUUUGAUCUUGUUAAGAUAGGUGAGCAGGAGAUAAAGGAAAAUGAGGCUUUGAAACUUUUAAAGGCUGACUUGAAAAACAUAUACAUCCCGAGAGCAAAGCGUAUAUUUCCAAAGUUUCAUCGUUUUUGUCCUGAGCUCCAAUCUGCAAUCGUGGACGCCCUCUUUCAUGGUGACUUGGCGAAGAAUAUACAGGCUUUGAUCAAGUCAAGGAAAUGGAAAGAAGCUGGUGAAAAGUACAUCGACCAGAGGAUUUACAAAGAAGUGGUUGAAGGCGAAUUUGAAGGCCCUAAUUAUGAAAGGAUUAUAAACAGAAUGAAUCAAAAUAAAGCAAUAUUUGAAAGACAAGAAUGCGAUACCCCCACUCAGUGUGAAAAAGACGAAGACUGCGAAUGUUGUAACAACCAGCCAUACUGCAGAAAGGGCAUGUGUAGCGAAUGUGAAAAAGAUCAACACUGUACCAAAAAAGGAAAAAGCAAGUGCGAAGAAGGGAACGGUGGUAAUUGGGUCUGUGGCGACCCUCAUGUGUCUGUCAAGCUUAACGACGGAUCUAAUACAAAUUUCUGUUUCGACGUUGUGGGUAAAACAGGCGAAAUAUUUCAGUUUGUUAAGACACGGCAUCUUGAAAUCAGAGCAAGACUCUUCAGUCCUGAUGAAACACGUGCAGCGAAUUGGGUUGAUGUAAUUGCGAUUCGGAUUGAUAGAGCCAGAAUUACGGUUGAUGAGAAUGGAAUUAGCGACGGUAGGGAUACAUAUGCGUGGGGUUCAGAGAGUCGUGUGAACUUUGGUUUCGCAAGGAUGAUGAUUCGAGGCAGAUUUGCUGAAAUAUUUCUUGGAAAAAUCGUGACUGAAAUUGAAAUCAGACGUGACCAUAUGCAAUUUGGUAUUUAUCAGCAUGGAGGAUUUGGACCCCGAGUUUAUGGCAUCUUAGGCGACGUCGUUAAUCAAGGAACGUUUAAGAGGGAUAUUAGUGGAAACCAUGGCAACAUUAUGCUGUUUGGAGGAGUAUAUCCUGUCACUGAACAGGUGAAAUUGUCGAGCGCCGGAAAAUGUUGGUUUCUUAAAUAUGGACAUCUAUCUCCGCUAAUCCAAAAAAUCCGUGACAACUACAUCAAAGAUACAUUGUUCUAAUGAACGUUUUCGAGUGACAAUCGACAUUAUUUGCAUUUCUAUUUGAAGUGAGAUGCACCCUGUUAUACAUUGUCACAUUGUAUCAUUAAAUUGUGUUCUAUCUCUGUAAUCAUUAUGAAAGUUUCACUUAUCUUAUUUUAUUUGUUAAGGUGAAAAACAUUGAAAUAAUGAAAUAAA